AUGAGACAACCAAAAUCAGAAACCUCAACAAGCUACCGAGAAAUCCGAGCAAAGCACACCCCAGAAACAAUAACAGUCUACCAAGCCUACAGCCCAACAAUAGCCAUCCCAGCCCUCCAAGCGCAAGCCCUCGUCUCACCCUUCUCUCGCACAAGAAUGACCUGGAUAAAGCCUUCCUUCCUAUGGAUGGCAUACCACUCCGGAUGGGCCAGCAAAGCAAACCAAGAGCACUUCCUAGCAAUAGAGAUCACGCGUUCAGGAUUCGAAUGGGCAUUGCGGCAUUCCUGCUUGAGCCACUACACACCAACACCGGGGGAUGAGAUCCAGCGCGAAGAAUGGCAAGCGAAGAUGCGUGCGAGUCCAGUGCGAGUGCAAUGGGAUCCAGAGUGGGAUUUAGAUUUGGGGUUUAGGGCUUUGGGGCAUCGGAGUAUUCAGAUUGGGUUGAGUAAGGAGGCUGUUGGGAUGUAUCUUGAUGAGUGGAUUGUUUCGAUUGCCGAUGUUACUGAAUUGAUGAAGGAGGUUGAGGGGUUGCUUAGGGAUGGGGACGUGGAGGGUGCCAGGGCUCGGUUAUGA